AAAGGUAAGUUUACAGAAUAAAGACUUAUUCAUAAUUAAACUGGCAUCAAACUUAAGCCUAGGGCAGCGGUUUGCCAAUAAAAAAGUGUUUGCACGGACACUCGUCCCUCGAGCCGCCUUCCCUACUGCACCAGCAUAAUCAUGAGUUCCCGCUUACGGCUUAGUUGUGAUGUGCGGCUAGGGUAGGUAGGGUACGUAGGCAAUGCCAAUGGCACUAAGCCACUACUAGAUUUGUGCUGUUGACAGGUGGCCAAAAAUUCUAUAGAGAUAACUGUAGCUGAAUGAGACGAGUUCUAUCUUCCUCAGGUUCUCCUGGUGAGACUUGGUGGUAUGACUACAGGGAGGAUAUAGCAGGAUAAAAAUCAUGGCUGAGGAAGGGAUCCAAGAAUCCUUGAGGGAUGAGGUAGAUGAUCUUCAAGUUCACAUAGAGACUUUGGCCAUACCCGACCAACAAUUGGAGGUUGAACAGUCUGCACCAGAAGACUACGCUGCACCUCACAUGGGCUUGAGCAUCCAGGGAAAUGAAAGCACAUCUGAAACAACAGAAUAUGUGAAUGAUACACGUUCUGAACUUGACACGGUGGAGGAAAGCAUUUCAGGAGAACAGGUAGAGGACAUUCCAGGACAUCAUGUAGAGGUCACUCUGCAAUGUUCAGAUACUGUCCAAGCAACAGAUUGUGAAGAUACCCUGUCUUUAAGUCAUGGUCAAAAUGAAACUGAAGGUGAAGAUUCCAUGGUUGGGACUGACCAGAGCAUCAGUUCUGAUGGUAGGAUAUCUUUGGACAGUGAACAAAGAGAACACUGGACUCUUCUCUCUCUCCCCAGGGAGCUACUCCUGAAUAUCUUUGACUUCCUUGAUGCCAGACUUGUCAUCAGAGAGGUUGGAUUGGUGUGUAAGAUGCUUCAUGAGAUUGUCUCUGAUAACCUGGAAUGGAAGGUGCGAUUCAAGAAGCGCUGGAGAGGCAUCUAUCCUGUUGUUCCAGUUGAAGACGACGAUUUCAACUGGAAGCUUGCUUGCAUCGACAGAGAAGAAACCCAUCACCGUUGGGCCAAACAAGAAACUAACAUGGAACAUUUCUCACUCAAUAUGGCUCAUAUAGCUGCUAUUGACUGUGUACAUCUGAUGAAUAAUGGAGAGUUGUGUGCCACAGGAUCUCGAGAUCGAACAUUUCAGAUGUGGGACUUGAGGAAGUUGGAUUCCAACGACCCUGAGAAGUCUGUCAAGGAUGCCAGGACUAAAGAUGUCAAAGCUCACAAGGGCUGGGUUUGGGACAUCACAUCUUUGGAUAAUCUAUUAUGCACGGCAUCCUGGGAUUGCUGGUUGAAAUUAUGGGAUAUGAACGAUGACAUGAAGUGUGUUCAUAAAUUGAAGGGGAAAUCAGCAUUCUUGAGUGUGGUAUACGAACAUGAUAUGAUCAUCGCAGGAGCCUAUGACAGAAGCAUAUAUCUUUUUGAUCCAAGAGUGAAUGAGAACAGCCUUGUUGACCAGUUGAUACAUCACAAACGUCCAGUCCUUACCGUCCAAGCUGAUGACCAUUACAUCAUCUCUGGCAGUGAAGACAAGUCCAUCGCUAUCUUUGACCGCCGAGCACACUGUGUUUACAAAAAACUCAAUCUGGAGAGCUUUUGCAUGUGCAUGUCUUAUCAACACGGCCAACUCUGGACCGGUCACCGCGAUGGCAACGUCCGCGUCAUCGACCCCACCCACGGCAGCUUCGACAUCAUCCAGACGUACGACGUCGGCCACAAGGGCAAGAUCACGGACAUCAUGUACACCAUGGGGGCGCUCUACACCUGCUCGACGGAUUCCACCAUAAGGAUCAGCGACCCUAGCCAUAACCCCGAGACCAUGUGUAAGUUGACGACGCACACGCGUGAUCUGACUGCCAUUGAUUUACAGUGUGGAGUGUUGGCGAGUGCUGGUAGCGAUCUUACAACGGGUAUAUGGAGGCCGAAGCAGGAUUCCGUCGUGGAAGAGUUUGAAUCGUAUUGAGAGUUCACAUCUCUGAGACUGAAUUAAUUUUUUUUUUUCACAAAGUCAGUCGGCAUUAAAAUCGUCUUGCAGACUCCCAUUAGUAUGAUACAGUGACAUACCUAUUGCCAAAUCUAAUUGAUCCCUGUAGGGUAAUCUACAGAGAAGUGUCUUUAUCUUCUAUCUCAUGGAUACAUCAUUGGACUGCAGUGUAUGGUUAAAGUCAUGGCUGCUGUACUACUGCCCUUUUCUAUUAAAGGUAUUUAUAAACUUUUGCCACUUUUUACCCAUGUGAUAAAUGAUAUCUGUGGAAAGGAAUUCAGCAGCAAGGUGUUUCUCAGUGAUUACCACCAUUGAAUUGUGUUUAAUGGAGCAAGACCUCCGGAUAUUGCAGUUAAUUCUCCCUAAAAAAAGGCUCAGAUUCGCACAAAGUUGAGUUCUGUAUGUUCUAGUAAGAGAGCUUGAAGUACAAUUUCACUUUUUUUAUUCACAAUAAUUUUGUCACAAUGAUGUUAUCGCUAGUUAUGUGCCAGAUUGCUUUAAAUGUUUUUAGUUAAACUGCAAAUACGAGUCUAUUGGUUUGGAACUUAGAUAAUAUGCAAAUUUAAUGUACAUGUAAUAUUUUGAAAUUCUGUAAUAUAAUUAGAAAGAGUGAAAAGUAACAUUCCUAUUUGAAAUCCCUGAAUGUUAUUUAAGAAUUUCUUUGAAUUCCAAUGUAGGUGAAAGGUCAAGCUGGUAUUAACCUAUCACAUACAAAAUUUGCACAAAACUGAACCAAAUACGUUAUUCAUUGGUCUGUAUUCUGAAAUCCAAUUUAACUUUGACCAUGGACUAACUCUUCUAAAUUAUGGGAAGCCAAAAGGUCAAAUUUUGUUAUUGGUAUCUUUUACUCUGCUCUUUCAAGAUUCUUUGUGGUUGAGAUAACUUAUUUAUUUAUCCUUCCCAGACAUUCAUAAAUGAUUUGAGGUCGAAUGAGCUGAUAAAUUGAACCACUGCUCUUACAGGCUUAUGUCACAAGUGGCUAUCCAUAGUUAACCACAUAGACCAAAGUUUAAAUGAAACAUGACUUCAGAAUGCAGGCCACCAUAUUCGAAAUCCAGCCAUUAUGUACAUUUGUGAAUUUCAUAUUAAAGUAACAUGUACAUGUAUAGAUAUAAUAUAAAGUUGUUUUGCAUGUACUUUGACAUUACUCCGCAUCAUCCAAUACUAUAUGUCUGAUAAAUGACAUUAAGAUGGUUAGAUUAAAAAUAUGCUUUGAAAUUAACUAAAAAUUUGCUAAUGAAGUUAAAUACCCAAUGGCUGCUCCUGUAACAACCAUGUAUUUCUUUGUAUGUUAGCAUUGUGCAUGGGUGUCAAUCCGCUAGCGCUAUUCAUGGGGGGGGGGUGGUGCUUUGUAUUAUUAUGUAUUAUCCCUUAUUUAAGAUUGUUGUAUUGAGAGUGUACACAAGGAGAAAAAGAAUAGUUUUACUACGAAAAACGUUUGCCAUGAAAUAGUUCAUUUUCCUUGCUGACGUCACGCAGUCCAUUUUUUCCCUAGGGAAAAAGUGAACUACAUGUUUUUUUACCCCGCCCCCUACUCGAUUCGCGAGCUGUGCAGCGCGAUGCGAGCAGAGCGCUGCUCAGCCCAACGGUACUCUCUACUGCAUGCCACGGGCAACUUUCGGCGAGCUGCACUAACCAGGUGCGCUCGCUGAACAGACGAUCAAUACGGCAAGGCUUAUUGUUUUCUCAACUUCUCAACGAUUGUUCCAUCAUCGACUCAUUAAAAAUCGUUUUGCUGUAAAAGUGGGGUAUCAACGAAGAAUAUAUAUGAGUGGAAGGGAUAUAAAACAAAUAUACAAUGACCCAUUCUCGGAACUGGCUAAAACUAUUUGCACUCAGGAACAUCACAUAGUACUAUUCUCCCUCGGGCCGAUGGCCCUCGGGAGAAUAGUACUAUAUGAUGUUCCUUCGAUGCGAAUAGUUUUAGCCAGAUCCUCGAGUGUCAUUGUAUAUUUGUAUAAUAUUCCCCCCCCCCCCCCCGAUGAAUAGAACUUUCUGCGGAUCGACACCAUUGGCAUUGUGGUUUUGAUAACUGGAUUUUUUAUUUUAGUUUCAGAGUAAUGUGAGCAUAAGUAUAUUAAAGGGUAUAUGUUAUUUAGAUUUUCUGUGUAUUCAUUGGCGUAAUAUGCAGAUUUAUUUAUUGAUGGGAGCUAACAGCGUCCGCCUCAUCAAUAUUCUAAAAAAUCGAUAGAGCUUGUUGUAUGCUUCUGCACACACACAUUUACAGGAAAAGUACUUCAUGACACAAUUAACAGCAUAUGGAACCAUACCAACAUUAAAGGAACAACAUGCACACGCAAGAGAUAUGGAACUUUGUGUGCGCUUGACCUUGAAGUACUUUGAAGUGUUUCUGGUGGUCUCAAAAUAGCACAUUGUUACUCUUUAAGGUUUUUUUUAUCGAUGAUUCACCUGCAAGGUGCAUGUUGUCAUCCAUUCUUUAAGGACAAGUUCACCCCAACAAAAAGUUGAUUUGAAUAAAAGGAGAAAAAUCCAACAAGCAUAACACUGAAAAUUUCAUUAAAAUUGGGUGUAAAAUAAGAAAGUUAUGACAUUUUAAAGUUUUGCUUAAUUUCACAAAAUAGAUUGCACAUUCUGGUCGGUAUGCAAAUGAGCAGACUGAUGACGUCACCCACUCACUAUUUCUUUUGUAUUUCAUCAUAUAAAAUACUUCAAUUUCUUCCUCAUUGUCAUGUGAAGAAAAGAUUUAUUCCUCCCUGAACAUGUGGAUUACCAUUGUCUAACAUUAUUUGGUUCAGUCAAGUUGGUCAUUAUUGUCAAAUUUGUAAAAAAUGAAAUAUUGUAUAAUUCAAACAAUAAAAAACAAAAGAAAUAGUGAGUGGAGGGUAUCCAUAUUUGCAUUUCACUGAGUUGUACAUAUAACUGUUUCAUGAAAAAUAAGCGAAACUGUAUUAAAUGUCAUAACUUUCUUAUUUUGCAUCUGAUUUUGAUGAAAUUUUCAGUGUUGUGCUUGUUUGAUUUUUCUCUAUUUAUCCAAAUAAACAUUUUCUGGGGUGGACUUGAAAACUAAAUGGUUUAUUUUUCAAGUUGCAUGUUUGUUUAAUGUUUAAAAUAAAUAUUUGUAUGGUGUAAGUUGUGAGUAAAAUUUGAAAGCAUUGAGUUUACUGCAAGCAUUAAUUUGUCUUUCAUAAGUGUAAAAUAAUGAAAAAUGCUAUAUUGUAGAGAAAGUCUUGCCUUGGUAACUGAUGCAAUUAAACUUAGGACACAUGAAAUUGAUGUCAUAUAUGAUUACAGAUUGAAUUAGAAUGUUCUCAUUUCCACUUUCGCCCACAGAAAACAACUGAUUUGUACAAUUUGUGGUAACUGGCAAAGAAGUUGUGACCUACAUCUCCAUGAACAACCAAUACAUAUCAGUGUGUACAAAGUAUAGUUUUAAACCAGGAUUGAUGUAAUAGUAGAUUUUUUUAAAUGAAACAGCAGUAUUUCAUUUUCAUUACUUAUUGGUUUGAAAUGAGUCUGCCAUUGUACUGUUUUUAUAAUUCUGACAUAUAUUCCCCUAUGUCCAAAAGUUACAGAUCAGUUUGUUGUGUACAGCCUGCUUUGUGCAAAUAUAUUCAUGUGUAUGUGCUGCAUUGAUGUGAGUUUAUAUUAAGAGGCUCUGAGUGACUGUAAAGUUUACAUAUGUAUUAUGUAUUACAUGUACAGUGGUUUGCUGUGCUUUUUGUCGGGGGGCAUUUCAUCGAUAUUUUUUGUCUGACAAGUUGUCAGAUCUGACAACUUUCCUUGAUUUCGAUUGGCCGAGAAGCACUUUUACUAUGGUCACUGUCAGAUAAAAAGGACUUGUUGGAUAAAACAUGCUUUCAUAAAAUGCUCAUCUAUGGUAAAGGAAAACCUUUUAAUUUCAGUGUUAAUUUAAUUAGGUUCAUCAAUACCAUAGAAGAAUGAGACACUAGAGAAUGUUACGGUAUCUAUAAUUGAAGAAUUCAAAAUCCUCAGGUUUUUAAACAAAGAAAAAAAUAAGUUACCAUUUUGUUAAGAAAUACAUGCAUUUUAUGAAAUCAUAGAUACUUUUUAGGGGAAGGAUGUUUUGAAAUUCUAGGCCUUUCCAGAACUUUCCAGGUUUUCAAGGACCUAUUAAGACCCAGAUAGUGCUAAGUGUUUUGCAAUGAGAGAGAAAAUCUCUGAAAUUAGUUUCCUACAUUCGAUUUUCCUGCUGCAGUGAAAUAAUUUGGCCUUUUUUCUUAAAGUUUUACAGAGAACUGAUACAGAGAUUAAAGGUAAUGAAUUGUAUUUUUGUUUCAUGAUCCCAGUAACAAGAUGAUUUUGAUUUCAAAUUAUUUUAUUUCAGGGAUUUCUGUAUUUAUCAGUUCAUAUGAAAUAGUAAUAAAGUUUUAUAAAGUACAA